AUGCGGACCAGGCCUUACUGGUACAUCGUGGUGCUUGCUGCGACCGGUGGGCUGCUGGGCCUCGACAUUGCUAGCGGUUAUUUGGACGAGUUGUCCAACGCCCUGCCAGAGCUUGUGGUCUGCACCAACCUGGAGGGCUUUGUGUUAGUGGGGACGAUGAUGCUUUCUGAGUCGGCUGGGGCAGCUAUGGUAACCAUGCUGGCCCACAUGAUCAUCACAAAGGGGCUUGUCGUUGUCGUUACCAUUCCAACUGCUCCGUUCAUGCCGGGAGCCGUGUAUUCCAACGCGUACUUCCUCCUGCACAUGUUCUUUGUUUUCUUCCUGAAGGCCAUGGUAGAAAGUUGGGAUAAGUCUGGAUGCUUGUAA